GUUUCUGCUGGACUGUGACUGUCAGCCUGUACACCACUGAGGGCGCGACCAUGGAGGUGCCAGCGGAGAAAGGGCGCGAAGAAGAGCUGCUAGUCUUCGGAUACGCCUGCAAGCUGUUCAGGGACGACGAGAAGGCGCUGUUCAUCGACAGCGGCAAACACCUCAUACCCUGGAUGGCGGACGAAACAUUGAAGAUUGACAGGUCCGUUGGUUUCCCUCACCACCUCCUAACACAAGUGCCGCGCUGCCGAAGAAGUAUGCCGCGAUUAUCAUGUGGUGUGCGCUGGUGCGAGCUUCAUUGGCCUGCGGCCGCGCUCUGAGCGAGCGGGAGAGACGGUGCUGGCGGUCCAUGCCGGCUUAGGUAUGACGGGCGUGGCGCUCUCUCCGACCUGCGGCCGCACGAGCCGCCGCCCGGCGGCUACGACCGCUGGCAGGGGCUCACCGAGCGCGAGCGCAAACUGGAGGAGGUGGUCGACCAGGAGCGCUACAUGGCCCUUUACAAGGACGAGGACGAGGAGCGCAUGCUCGAAGAGGAGGAGUGGAAGCGUCUUCAGUCGCUGGCCGGCGACUCGGGCCGCUACAACCAGAUCGGGUUCAGCUACGGCGCUGCGCCGGCGGCCGGCGGCGCCGGGGCUGCCCCGGAGGCGGUGGCUGCUGCCGCCGCUAUCCCGGCCGUGGACGACGAGCCCUACGAGCCGCCCACGUCGCUUAACGUGCCCGCUGACAUGGCGCAGCCGGCGACGCGGCGGCACGCGGACAUCAUCGAGCGGACGGCGCUGUUUGUGGCGCGUCAGGGGCCGCAGAUGGAGAUCCUCAUCAAGGCCAAACAGUCUGAGAACGCCAUGUUCGACUUUCUGGCGUUCGACGACCCGCUUCAGCCGUUCUUUCGACACAUGGUGGUGAUGAUCAAGGCGGGGCGGUACACCAUCGGCGCGCCGAAACCCAACGAAGAGGAAGAGAAUGAGGCGUACCUUCACCCGGCGCUGAACCUCAGUCGCCCGGACAUUGCUCCGGGUCGGGCGGACGGCAUGUACCAGCCGUCCGCCAACUGCGCCUACCAGCGACUCGUCAAGAACAUCCGCUCGUCGCGCCAGGCUGCCGACAGUCCGACCGGCAGCGGCACCUCCAGCCCUGUGCCCGCCGCCGCCCCCUCCGCCGCCGCCGCCGACUCGUCAGCGGGCCGCGCGGGCUCGCCGGCCGCCGCUGCCGGUCCUCGGGAGGCGGCCGGGCGGACCGCCCCCGCCACCACCGCCCCCGCCCCCGCCCUGCCGCCGGCCGACGUCAAACUGAUCAUCGACAAAAUGGCCAGCUAUGUGGCCAAGAACGGCCGAGAUUUCGAGGGCAUCGUGAUGGGACGCGGCGACGAGCGGUUCAGUUUCCUGCGCGACUCGCACGCCCAUCACGCCUACUACCGCCACAAAUUAGAGCAGUAUGAACGGGACCUGGGAAAGUCAAAGCCGGCGGCGACAACGGCAGCACCGGCCGCAGCCAAAACUACUGAGGACAAGGGAAACAAACCCGUGCCGGUGUCGUUCUCGAUCCGCGCCAAGUCUGAGAAGGAGUCUGCGCCGCUGGAGCGCAGCGCUCUGCCUCUGGAGGAGAGUGAGGACGAGGAGGGAGAGGAGGGAGGCGCGCAGACCUCACCAGCGGCCGCCGCGGCCGGCGCCACCGCGGAGGCCAACGGCGGCUCGCGACCGGACAAAGCUGCUGCGGCCGUUGCGGUGACCCCAGCACCAGCACCAGCACCGGCAGCAGCGGCAGCGGCGGCGCGUCCCGAGCCGACCAAACGGCAGUCUCGACAGGUGCCGAUUGUCGCGCCCGCGCCGGGAGUCGGCAGGGACGAGAUCCAGAUGGACCGCAAACGGCGCGCCGCCCAGUUCCUGGCCAAACUCCGGCAGGACGUGGACAAGAUCAAACAGCCAGUCAUAGGUCCCCAGCUGCCACCGGGUCCGCUGCCGUCCGGCUCUGAGGAGGACCCGGGAGGCGGCUCGGACCCGCCGGCCGCGCCGGAGGGUCGCGUGCCGCCGUCACCGCCGGCAGGUCCUCCCUCCCGAGCGCAGACAGAGGAGGAAGAGGAAGACUCGGGGGACGAGGCGGAUCUGGACAAGUACAAGCUGGUGGACUCCGACUCGCCCCACUCUGUUCCGGAGCUGCCGCCCGGCAGUGGCGCCAGUGCCGACGGUGACGGCUCCGACAGUCGUCUCAGCAGCCCCGCCAGCCGGCGGGACAGCAGCCCCGAAACGGGACGGCACACCAGCCGGGACCGGAACGUCAGCAGGCGAGACAGCCGCGACCGGAGCGUCGGUAAACGGGACAGCCGGAGUCGCAGCGUCAGCAAACGGGACAAGAGGGAUCGGAGUGCGAGCAAGAGAGAAAGCCGUGGCAGUCCCGCGCCCAAUAAACGGCACAGUCGGGACAGUCCCGUGCUCAGUAAACGGCACAGUCGGAACAGUCCCGCGCCCAGUAAACGACACGGUCGGGACAGUCCCGCGCCCAGUAAACGACACGGUCGGGACAGUCCCGUGCCCAGUAAACGACACGGUCGGGACAGCCCCGCUCUGAGCAGACGGGACAGUCGGGACAGCCCUGCUCACAGAAGGCGGCGCGCGGAGAGCAGGGAGCCCAGCGGCAGCCGGCGGCGAGCGGACAGCCGGGAGCGCAGGGAGGAGCGCCGCCACCGGAGGAGGCACAAGAAGCGCUCCUCACACCGGCGGCGACGGGGACAGGGCGACUCGGGCAGCGAGCAGGAGCGACCGGCGUCCCUCUCUCCCGUCCGCUCCCGCUCGCCGCGCCGGCACAAGAAACACAAGAAGAGGCCGCGCAGCCCGCCGGCCUCCUACAAAAGACUGCUGUCGUCCGAGAUCACACCGGCGGAGGAGGAGUCGCGCUGGCGACGGUCGGCCCGACGUGAACCGUCACGAUCUCCGGCACGAAGCAAGCGGAAGAGAUCGCGAUCAUCAAAGAGACAUAAGCACAAGUCAAAGAAGAGCAAACGAUCAAAGAGGUCCCGCAGUCGCUCGACCGCCCGCCUGGACCGUGAGCCGUCCAUCUCGGAGGUGGCUGUCAGCCCGGCGCCGGUCGUCGCUCCGUCUGGCGAUGUGAUUGACCUGACCGGCGGGGACUCGCCGGAGAGGCGGCUCUCUCAGCCACGGGAGGUGCCCAUAGCAGCCGGCUCUCCACCGGCGCACCCCGCUGCGGACCCCGCUCCUGGCGAGGAGUCGGCCGCGCCCGCGGAGACGGAGGCGGCGCCGGCUGCAGAGACGGCCGGUAGCACCCCCCGCGUCACGUCCCCCACGCCUGUACCGUCGGCAGCCUGGUCACCGGCCGGAUCCCGGUCCCGGUCCAGAUCGGCGUCCGGCUCCGGAUCCGAGUCCGGCUCCGAGUCCGGGUCCGGAUCCCGCUCCGGGUCCGCCGCCUCCUCCAGGUCUGGCUCGCCGCGGUCCGUGGGCCGGGGCGCAGCCUCCGGCUCUGACCGGGACCGACCGCCGGUGUCCGGCCCCAAGGAGCGGCCGCUCUCCAACCGGGAGGAGGAGGCCCGCAGAACCCGCGAGGCCUUCGCACAGCUGAAGCGCAAACUGGACCGCCGACGGCCGGCCGGCCCCGCCAACGGGCUGUCGGCGGGGGCGGCGCGGCCGGCGGCGGGCGCCGGGGCGGGCGGGGCCGACCCCGCCAGCAGCAGCCUGGUGGCGCAGAUGGCAGAGGGUCUGAAGGCCAAGGUGCAUGAGAUGAUGAAGGGCUCGCUGCUGGGUAAGUGAACUCGCUCCGGCCGCGCCGGGCAGGGAGCGACUCCAGCGUGGAUGCCGGUAUCUGCAGCACCCGUGUCGGUGCUGGUGGUGCUGUCAGUGCUCGUACCGGUGUGUGUGUGUGUGUGUGUGUGUGUGUGUGUCGGGCGGUGUCCCGUUCUCUGACCUUGUGACCCUGUACGCCGGUGAGCAGUUCGUCGGCUGGCCCGGAGCCGGGUCGGCCGUGGCUGGCACUGACUCCCGCUGUGAGAUUGUGACCGUGCUGUAAUGGGACCGCUCCGUCACCCCUGAUGGUGGGCGGCGGUCCAAAACGAAAUAUAGUAUUUGUACUGUU